AUGCCCAGCUACUCGACUCCCUCCUCCUCGCCUCCGCCGACUCCCGGCCGCCGGCGGCGACAGUCAUGCGCCCAAAGAUGCGAGCGCGGCUGCUGCACGGUAGCCACGUACUUCCCGCUUGCAUUCGUCUACAGCAUCACCACAUGGGCAGUGUGGGUGGUGACGUCGAUAGGCUUCGGUAGCCACCGGUCAAAACAUGUGUGGUGGCUGAUACAGGCCAUCUCGCUUCUCGGAAUCACACUCUAUUGUCUGGCCAACUGGUCAUACACGGUCGCGGCGUUUACAGACCCAGGCUCGCCGCUGAAAUCGCCGACAGAGGCCUCAUCGAAAGGACGGGGUCGAUACUCGGUGCUCCCGACGCACGAGUCGGCCGCCGACCCCAGCCUCUACCAGGCCGUGACCGUCUCCUCUACGGGGGCACCCCGUUUCUGCAAGAAAUGCCAUGUGUCCAAACCGGACCGGACGCACCACUGCUCGACAUGCAAGAGAUGUGUGCUAAAGAUGGACCAUCACUGCCCCUGGCUCUCCACCUGUCUGGGGCUACACAACUACAAGGCCUUUGUGCUCUUUUUGAUCUACACGUCGCUGUUCUGUUGGGCAUGUUUUGCCAACGCGGCGUGGUGGAUGUGGAAGGAACUGUUCGAGCAGAGCGGCUACCUGGACGAGGUCGCGCCCGUCAACAUCAUCCUGCUGUCCGUCAUUGCCGGCAUCAUCGGCCUGGUCUUGACGGCCUUUACCGGGUGGCACAUUUACCUCUGCACGAAAGGGCAGACGACGAUUGAAAAGCUGGAGAAGACGCGGUACCUCAGCGGCGUGAGGGCGCAGGUCGAAUGCAACCGCCAGGACCAGCAAUUGAACCAUCAUCGCCGAGAGGCCUCCGAGGGGGUUGCCGGGCGAUUGCAGCGCGCGGGCGAGCAAUUCCUCGAAUGGAAUGCCAAUGCCGUGCCGGGUGCCUCGCGCUAUGAGGAAGGCGAGGAACAUACCUCGCCAGCCCCGAGCGUGUACGACUCCAACAGCCGCCAUUUCCCUCGGGCACAACAGCAUGCCGACACAGCAAGCGACACGCCCGCCCUGCGCGCCCUCCGGAGAACAUACUCCCACUUGGAAGCCGAGCGCGAGCGCGACCGCUACGCGGAGUACCUUGACGACAAAGACUCGGAGGACAUGCCCAAUGCGUUUGAUCUCGGCUGGCGUCGGAACCUCAACCACCUCUUCGGCCCCAACCCACUGCUCUGGGCCCUGCCCAUCUGUAACACCACGGGCGACGGCUGGCGCUGGGAGGUGAGUGCCAAGUGGAUGGCCGCGCAGGAGGAGGUGGCGAGGCGAAAAGACCGCAGGUUGGCCGCAAUGACCCGAGAUCAGGGCGCGAAUGGACAUGCAGGCUACGAGCAGGACAGAGAUCGAAGGUCGCAAUUGUACCAUCACGGCUACGACGGACAAGACGAGACCCAGCAGCUCCAGCAACACCAACAGGGUCCUCACCACGCCGACUUAUACUCCCGCAGCGCCGUGUCGAUGAAGCACCUCCCCCCGCAUGCCUUGGGAUCCACUUCCUCCUCAUCAGAGCGAAGCAGGAGACGGCAGAGACGCGACUUUGACCACGCCGAGCCGUUUGAAGUAAGUAGCAGUGAGGAUGACGAGGACGAGGACGACAAUGACACGGAUUCUGACGUUGGAUAUAAUGACAACGAGAAUGACGCGGAACGGGGCUGGGCCAGCACCAGGCGGAAUCGUUCACUCCGAUGA